UUAUUUUGCCCUUUUUUGGUCUUCUGUAAUUCCGUGUUUGAGUUUCCAAGCUUCCAAGUUUCAUCCCUAAUCAUUAUCUGGACACAAACUGUAUCCCAUCAUAACACGUUAGGUGUUUUGCGUCUACAUGUUGAUUAACUACGUGUGUCCGCUCCCACGGGGAACAUUUGGGAUGAUUCCCAUCAAGUCAAAGACGGCGAGCUAGCUGGGAGACCUCGGCCAAGAAGAUCUUUGUGUGUGUUCCUUCUGCUUCCACUCCAACACAAACUCCCGGAGAGGUCUCCUCAGCCGGCUCACGGGGUGAAAGGUGAAAUGAAACUCCGCUCCUCGAGCGUGUGCCCCCCACCUGGCGCAACUUCCUCAGUUUUGUUCGUCAUUGUGGCCCCCAUGCAGGGAUCUUGUGAAACCGGUUUGCAGGAGCAACAAGCAAACCAGAAAGCGCCCCUUUUGCUGUUCCUCAUCAUGUGCCUUCCUCCCCCUCCGCCGUGCUCCCCUCCCCAUCUCUUCCUCCCACUGCAAGCUCCUCCUCUUGCAGAAAAGACACUUCCUGAUGUCAUUACUAAAUCAAAAAGCGUCCCAGACCAGCUAACAGAUGUUAAGAGAGGCCCCAGUGUGCUGAUUCGGUGACAUAUACCAUAUAUAAGACUGUGGGACGCCCCUGCGCUUUCUUGUAUCAGUGAAAAUUUGGGAUUAAAAAUACUAAGAUUUGCAAUUUGGCGAGGAUUACAUCCCGAUGGCGUCUUCCGUGAACCAGAAAGUCACCCGAUGACUAAUAAAACAAGACAAAUAAAUACUAUUUUUUGUAGUGGUAACUCCGGUUUUCUUAGUAAUUCAAACCAAAGAAAACUGAAAAGCUUCGUAUACGUUCAAGUUUUACCUAUAAAAAACAUUUCUUCACUUAUCACAACCUUUUACCAAGUCAUAACCACGUUUUCUAUGCUCCGACUUAUUAAUAUAUAUAUAAAAUUACCAAUUUUUACCCUUUUAACUGUAUAGGUGACCUGUGUACAUGUUCACCAGAAAACAAGAACAGAACUAUCAUGCUAGGAUUGAAUUAGCUCUACUUCUUCCUACUCCUUUUUGGGCAAUUACAACAUUGGUUCUCGGCCUCUCUUGGCUCACUCGGGAUAGAGUAUGGUAAUGGUAAUGGUUGUAUUUCAUUUGAACAUGCAUCAGAUUACAAUUGAAUGCAUCACAUAAUCAGUUCACAGUUCCACAUGUCUAAAAAGGAGUAGGAAGAAGCAAAGCUUAUUAAAUCCUACUCCUCCAUCUGGUACUUUUACAAUCAGUAACUGUUGCAUUUGUUCACUUCCUGCUUUCAUAUCAUUUUUAAAAAAUUUUUUUAAAUUUAUUUCAUUAAUUUUAAUUUAAGUAAUUUUAAUUUAAUUUAGUUUUAUUUUAUUUUUUGUCCCGUACCAAAGUAUGAGGUGAUAUGACCAUACAAUGACAUAAUGUGUACCAUAGUAAGGGUCAAUAUAGUGAUAUAUAUAGCACAUCAUGACUGGUUCAAGACUCUUCAUCCUAAUUUGUUCACUUCCUGCUUUCCUAAUAUAGUUUAAGUUAAAAUUUAUUUAUUUUUUUUUAUAGUUUUUGCUAAAUAUAGUAGUAUAUAGUUGUAGUUGCUAAAUACCAUGGAGUAUGAAGGCCACAUUGAAAUAAAUUCUUAAUUUACAAUGUUUAAUAUGUAAAUUUACAACAAUUUUCUCGUAAAUGUACACGUUUUUUUUUCUCAUAAAUUUCCAACUUUUUGGAAAUGUUUUCCCCAAUGUGGCCGUAAUACGCCAUCGUAGCUAAAACAACAAAUCCAAGAAGCACUCGUUAGCGCCCAGUCAUUCUUGAAUUUGUCUCAAAUGAACCUCAAUAACAGUUUCCCCCGUCUCGCACAUUCAUGAUCCAGUCCACCCCAGAGAAACUCUCGCCCUAAAUGUUUGCUUAUGUUUCCUAUUUGGCAGAGGCGGCCUUAAAAAAAAAAAAAGAAAAAAGGCAAAUAAAUCACAUGCUGUGAAGCUGGCCAGGCCUUCCACUGUGAGAAACUGAGACUAAAAAGCAGAACAAGAGUUGAGGACUAAAGGGUUUUCAGAUGUGAGUCCAGCCCAGCUCGCUUGGGUGUGCGCCCUCCUUUUAUUCGGGGGAGAAUGGCUGUUGCCUCCGCCCCCUCUAGAAGGGAAGACAGUCGCAAGGAAGCGUGCGUCGGAGAGGGGAAGAGCUGCCGCCGAGGCGCGGGGGCCAUCGGGCUGAUCUGAGAACAUCUGGCGAGGCAGGGUAGCUCUGCUUGGACGCCUGCUCGCAGAGGUUACGCCACCGCGCUCUCAUCCUGCUGCCGGGUCGGCGCUUCCUGUUAUGCCUCGCCGUGCUUUUAAGCUUCUUCACGUAGGGUCAUCCGUCCUAGAGGAGACACCUUGAUAUAUUUAUUCUGACAUGAAGGGAGCGCUCUGUUUGAUUGGGGUGUUCCUCUCGUUUCUCUACGAUGCCACCUAUGGAGAUCAUUCCAGCUCAAUCGCAGCCUGUGGGAACAAGUCUCACAGUUGUCCGGACUACUGCUCAAUCUGCGCCGACUUUUACGGCAACGCCACCAUGGACUGCUUUUACAACCUCUUGCACAGCCUGUGCCUCGCCAACUUCAACAAGGCCAUGGCGGCGCUGAACACCACAGACUGGUGCAUCUGGCCAAACGUCAGCGGGUUGUACAGCAACUUGAGCCAUUGCACAGAGAAUAUCUCCGAGUGUCUCCUCAUCCCGUGGCCCGGUCCUCUGGUGGAGCAGAUCUUUGUCGACAUCCACUCCAGCUUCUUCAAGGAGUGUCCCAUGGAGGAGCUCAGCGACCCACCGCCGGCCAUUAUCUUCGCUUUGGUCAUCACCCCCGUUCUCCUCAUCCCUGUCAUGGUCAGUCUCGUGGUCCUCAAGACCAAGAAUGGAGAUAGCAGUUCAUGAUGUUGCUGCUGCGGACCCCGACAAGGAUGUGAACAUUUCCAAACAGACAAAACCUACCAUAGGUGCAUUGUGUGUGGUUCCGUGUAGGCUUCUCUUCAAGGAACUAGAAGGUUCCUGUCAUUGUUAUCUACAUCCAGGGAACAUUAAGCAAAGCAAGAAGCCCGGUUGAACCGUUUGCUGGUACCACUUUUGAGUCAUCCAGUUGACUCUUGCUCAUCCAAUCAGCAUUUCUUUCUUGAGGUCCUCCGUCGUAUUUAAUUAAUGAUGCUAAGAUACCAAUAUCAAAACCACUUCCCCACUGCUCUACCUUCAGGUUCUUUAGAUAGCCUGCAACUAAAUGUAGACCCUUUUUCCUGAAAGUUCCUAGAAAAGUCCAACUUGUUGUCCAGUCAGAGGCUGCCUUCGUCUCGUGGAAUGACGACCUCCACUGCAGACCCUAGUUCCAAAGUUCUUUAUAAUCUUUUGAAAGCACCGUGGGAAGGAAAGCCUGGAAGUAGACUGAAGGUUUGGUUCCUACGAUCGAAACAUGAGAUGUUUCUAGCUUUUCAUUCCAGAAUCAGAGCACUACUAAGUCCAGUAUGGUUCCUCUUGAUGUAGCUUGUGUUUCAGUGUUGGGGGUGUAGGCAGGUUAGCUAGUCUUAGGUUUUCUUCUUGGAGUCUUCUCUUGAGGAAUGACAGAAAGGCAACCAAUCAAAACAGCUAAACCCAGAAGUCCAUUGAACCUUCAGGAGUUGGAGACCUAGAACUAAAUUCAGAGCGGAUUUUGCGGUCGAGUGUAACACAGUCCUACAAGUCCAGAUCUGUUUGGUUUGACCAACACCUUGUAAUUGGGGGGGGGGGACGGGGGGGUACUACCUUACCUUCAGACCAAAACUCAAGAUGAUGCUUUGUUUUUCGUUUUCCGGAAGUAACCAUUCUCUCUCCCAACAAUCCCAGCUUCGCCCUUUGCUACUGUACCUGGGACCCCAAUAGGAGAGUACCCAAAAAGUAAUACCGAAUGGUGGCUAUCAAUACUUAUGACAAAAACUGUACGGCGUGGUGAAAACAAGACAUCAGUCUGACAAAAGUCUUGCUACGUUGCGUCUUUAGCAAUAAGUGUUGGGCGGCGACAGGAAAACAUAAUGGAAAGGAAAGGAUGGGAUGCCAAAAGGAAGGUGAGGAUCCUUCUUUCCUGCCAUUGUCUCAUUUUCAAACACAAUUCCUUCCAAAGCUAAAACGCCGACAACCGUCAUGUCAUGAUGAGUUUAAAUGACUUAAAUAAGAUACUAAGACAUUUUGCAUUUUAGCAAGAAAACAUUUUGACGCAAAAGCUAUAUGUGCUUUCAGGUGUUUAAAUCCAGUCACUGUCUAAAGUCACUGCAAACUGUACUGUAGUAUCAUUAAAAACACAUUUUAAACUGUGAAAUCCAAGCUUGGCCUUGUUA